AUGAAGAUCAUAUCGUGGAACUGCCGUGGGCUUGGGAACCUACGAGCAGUACGGGCCCUCAAAAGGCUCAUCCACUCAAAAGAUCCUGAUGUGGUUCUAGUUAUGGAGACAAGGUUGUAUAGUGCUGAGGCUUUGAGGCAUAGAGGUAUUGGUGGUUUGCAAAAUGUUUUUCCAGUUCAGUGUGCGGGACAAGAUGACAGGUCAGAGAUGAGGUGCUUGGGAGUUUAUGGCUUCCCAGAUGAGAGGAAGAAAGCGACUUGGGAUAUGAUCCGACGAUUUACUCCACCGAGUUCUAUUCCUUUCAUGUGUUUUGGAGAUUUUAAUGAUAUUCUCUCCCCGGCAGAUAAACUGGGAGGGGAUCCACCGGAUAUUGAGAGAUUGCAGGAGGUGUCGCAGGCGUGUGUUGAUUGUGCUCUACAUGAGGUGGAUUUUUCGGGUUACCGGUUCACUUGGUCAAAUAAAAGGAAGAGGCCUGGGACGAUUGAGGAGAGAUUGGAUUAUGCACUUGUUAAUGCGGCAUGGGGAUCUUUUUGGCCAGUUACUUCUGUAUACCAUUUGCCUCGAUAUAGAUCGGAUCAUAAUCCGAUUUUGAUCUUUAGUGGCACUCGGAAAAUGCGGAAGGAGAUGGCUAGGGCUAAUUUGUUCCGUUUUGAGCAGAUGUGGCUUCAAGAGGGAGACGAGUGUGCGGAAGUGGUGACAGAGACUUGGGGGAGGCUCCGUGCGGACCUUCCAUCUAAGAUUUCUCAGGUGGGAGAAGCCCUUCAGGGGUGGGGAAAGGAGAAGUUUGGGGACCUACCGAGGUAA